AUGACUGAGUCUGGCAAGCCCAUUCUCUACUCCUAUUUCCGGAGCUCCUGCUCAUGGAGAGUUCGAAUUGCUCUGGCCUUCGACUAUGAGACCGUACCUCUCAACCUCAUAAAGGAUGGGGGACAGCAGUUCUCUGAAGAAUUCCGGGCACUGAAUCUGAUGCAGCAGGUGCCGGCCCUGAAGAUCGAUGGAAUCACCAUUGGCCAGUCACUGGCCAUCACUGAGUACCUGGAGGAAACUUGGCCCACUCCACGCCUCCUGCCGCAGGACCUGAAGAGGAGGGCCCAGGUGUGCGUAAUUUCCGAUGUCAUUGCCUGUGGUGUCCAGCCCCUGCAGGUGUGGCUCUGGACUUGCACCCCUGCACACCUCUGGUGUGCCUCCCCCCACGCGCUCUUACAUUUAGACACACGUGGAGUGUGA